AUGGCGCCUCUGGUCCCGUCGCAAGAUGAGCAGCAGCGUCGCCGGAUCAUCGACAUCAAUGCAGAGACCGUUACCAACAUCCCCUCCACCGACUUCCCAGGCCAUUGGCCGGGUGAGUCGCAUGCGUGGGCGGUUGACCAAUUCAAGAACACUUUCCAAGUCGACUUCCACCGCAAUGACCCACUCGAGGCCUCAUUCUCGCUGAUCGGACUCGAUGCCGCGGUCGCCAACGCCUUCCGCCGAAUCCUCAUGGCCGAGAUUCCGACGCUGGCCAUUGAAAGUGUUUUCGUUCACAACAACACCUCCGUGAUCCAAGACGAAGUGCUCGCACAGCGACUGGGUCUCGUCCCGCUCAAGGGUUCCGUGGAGGGUUUGAACUGGAUGCACUGGUUCCGAAAACCGGGUGAGGAUGAAGAUGGUUCAAACGCUUCCGAGCCGAGUGACUUCAACACCGUCAUUCUGCGACUCGACGUGGAGUGCACCAAGAACCCGGAAGCCGACGAAAACGAGCAGGACCCGCGCAAACUCUACAACAACGCCCAUGUCUAUGCGAAAGAUAUGACUUUCCACGCUGUGGGUCGCCAAGAGAGUUACUUUGUCGACGAGGGUGCGAUCAGGCCCGUUCACCCAGAGAUCCUGCUCGCCAAAAUGCGCCCCGGCCAGAAGAUUGACGUCGAAAUGCAUUGUAACAAGGGCAUUGGCGCGGACCACGCCAAGUUUUCUCCCGUGGCAACCGCCACAUACCGUCUCCUUCCGGACAUCAAGAUCCUGCGCCCCAUCAUUGGAGAUGAUGCCAAGAAGUUUGCCAAAUGCUUCCCCAAGGGUGUGAUUGGCCUCGAGCCUGUCACAGCCCAAGAAGCUGGUCGCGGUGGAAGCGGAUACGAGGGCCACGCAGGCGAGCAAAAGGCGGUCGUACAGGAUCCGUUCAAGGAUACCGUCAGUCGCGAAUGCUUGCGUUAUGAUGAGUUCCAAGGCAAGGUCAAGCUGGGGCGGGUGCGGGAUCACUUUAUCUUCAAUGUUGAAAGCACCGGCCAAUUCGACAGUGAUGUUCUCUUCCUGGAAGCUGUGAAGGUCAUGAAGCUGAAAUGUGCUCGGUGGAAGCGCGGACUGAAUGACCUCAUGGCGUAA